AUGUCUUUUAAAUUAACAGAGAGUCAUUGGAACGUACUUUUAGAGUUUAUGGAGCAGCAUAAAGAAUUUGCAAAGGGACAGUUCUCUGGUCCCACUGGAAGAAUAAUUCAGAGAAAACUUUGGGAAGAACUUGCUCAAUUAUUAAAUUCACUUGGCGAAGGAAGUAAGCCUGUUGAGAAAUGGCAAAAGAUUCCGUCUACCAGUGAAGAUGAUUUCCUAUCCACCUCUAAAGAUGUUUCCCCCAGAAUAGUUUGGAAGACACAGCUAUCCAUUUACCGGUAUGUUGCUUCUACAAGUAGUAUUCAGACAUCUAAAUUUAAACAUAAAUCUAUAGAGGCUUCUGACCAUGGAUAUUCUAAACUUCCCCAUCCAAAAAAAAGGAAAAUACAAGAUGUUGAGAAUGAGCUAAUGCAGGAGAGCUUGACGGAAUUAAGAGAAAUUAAAUUAGAGUUAAGGGAGCUUAACAAAAGCAUGUCAAGCAUUGCCAAUUCAUUAGUAGAACUAGUGGCAAAAAAAUAA